AUGUCAUCAAGAGGAGGUAGAUCAAGUGGUGGUGGAGACAAGAGAGUAGCAGGUAGAAGUGGAAGUGUAGAAUCGGCAAAGAAAGUAGUAGAUGAACAUUAUGAAGCAAAUAGUAAAGUAGAAGUAUAUCCAACAUUCGAGUCGAUUCAUUUAAGAGAGGACUUGUUACGUGGUAUCUAUGGUUUUGGUUUUGAAAAGCCAUCGGCCAUUCAACAACGUGCUAUUGUACCUAUCAUCAAAGGAAGAGAUACGAUUGCACAAGCACAGAGUGGUACGGGUAAGACUGCCACCUUUUCAAUUGGUGCAUUGCAGUCGGUCGAUGUCAGCAUCAAGAACCCACAGGUUAUCAUCUUGUCGCCGACACGUGAACUCGCACAACAGAUUCAAAAGGUCGUCAUGGCAUUGGGCGGCUUUAUGAGUGUACAGGUACACUCGUUUGUCGGACAAAAGACUAUCAGCGAGGAUGUUCGUCGUCUCGAGCAAGGUGUACAUAUUGCAUCGGGUACACCUGGUCGUGUGAUUGAUUUGAUUUCAAGAAAGGCACUCAACACACGUCAGAUCAAGAUGUUGAUUUUGGAUGAAGCCGAUGAGAUGCUUUCACUUGGUUUCCAACAACAGAUCAAUGAUGUCUAUAGAUACUUGCCACCAGCCACUCAGAUCGUGUUGGUCUCGGCCACUCUUACACAGGACGUCGUAUCCAUGACAGAGCGUUUCAUGACCGACCCCGUCCGUAUCCUUCUCAAGCGUGAUGAGUUGACACUCGAAGGUAUCAAACAAUUCUUUGUGUCAGUCGAAAAGGAGGAAUGGAAGUUUGGCACACUCUGCGAUAUCUAUGAUUCUCUCACCAUCACACAAGCUGUCAUAUUUUGCAACACCAAAUCAAAGGUCGAUGCUCUCACCAACAAGAUGCGUGAAGCAAACUUUACUGUCGCCAGUUUACACGGUGAUAUGGAUCAAAAAGAACGUGAAGAAAUUAUUAGAUCAUUUAGAUCUGGUGAAAAUCGUGUAUUAAUUACUACAGAUAUUUUGGCAAGAGGUAUUGAUGUUCAACAAGUUUCAUUGGUUAUCAAUUACGAUCUCCCAAUGGAUCGUGAGAAUUAUAUUCAUCGUAUCGGUCGUUCCGGUCGUUUUGGAAGAAAGGGUGUUGCCAUUAAUUUCGUAAAGAGUUCAGAUAUCAGAAUUUUAAGAGACAUUGAACAGUUUUAUUCUACUCAAAUCGAUGAAAUGCCAAUGAACUUUGCAGAUUCAAUUAAUUAA